AUGCGGAAGUGCACGGUAAGUUCUUCAAGGCCUGCAGUGCCGCAAGGAAUCGCUGACUCCGGGUCUCUCUCCCGGCUCCAUCUGCAUUGCAGCUCACGAGCUCCGGAUCUAUGCAGAACAUCGCUCAAGUGUCUUCUCUUUCGACGAGGCGACGGGGGUCUUUCCCUUCUCGAUUUUCAGAUCGAUUUAACUCAAUGUCGAUUUGGCGCCCCCCUAGGGGCUCCGAAGCCCUGGGGCGGAAAGCGAAGGGGUCCCAGAUCAACAGAGCAAGGAUUUUAA